UCCAAUCGUGUUUUGAGUGAAGUGUUUAACUGAAAGAAAACGUCUUAAACAUUGAUAGUCUUCUGUACCGAAGAACAGAUCCGAAUCGACGUCCAAACCCACUCCGUUUUACAGUUCUGACCCGAUCCUACAUUUUGGGAUGCAAUUAACAGUGAUGCUUAUUGCAUUUUCCCAUUGCGGGGAGAAAGGAAUUCGCAAUUCGGAGUCUCCCUUACUUUCUACUUUCCGAAAAAAAAAAACCGGAACCGAGCAUUUUAUUGCGCCGAGAAUUUGGCCCUUUUGCAAAAGCCUAUAAAAUGCAUCGGACCCAGCGCCGAGCCGUUCAGUUAGUCCCGAAAAUUCGUCGCAAAAAUGAACGUUUGGCAAGGAAUUGUGCUGGUGAUUGUGGUGCUGUCCAUUGUGGGGGUCGAAUCUCUCCGAGCGAAUAACGGUGGAAAUCAAAUCGUAACGAUUGGAACUUUCGCAGCCGCCGACGAAACUUGCCUGACCAGGAAGAUCUUCAAGUUCCAGUCUGAUCCGCAGACGAUCAAUUUCAUUAGCACAACUGCCAUCAAUUGGAUAAGGGUCUCCCAGCAGUCUCAGUAUGGCGCAAAGAGCGGAAUUGCUGCAAGUAUUAUCGGAGGUGCUAUCGCAACCGAAAUGCUGACGCUACUAGUGGAAGAUACGGGCAACAAGAACUUUUUCCAGAGCGAUGUUUUAGUGGAGAUGCGGUGCACUCCUUAAAGUGUUGCGCUUGUUGUUGUUUAGUUUUAGGAUGCUUUAAAUUAUGUGACAGCUAUUUAAUUAUUUAUAACUAACAAUCCAGAGACAUGUUUUGAUGAAAUUUACUACUAUAGCUAAACAUCCAGUCAGGUGGUGAUAUUUAUUUGCAAGAAUAAAUGUGUUCAAUAAACCGUAAAUAGUUCAUUUUA